AUGACUCUUCAAUAUCAACUACACAGUCCUCCAGCAAGCAAGGAAGCAUGCAACAUUCAACAGCUGAAACAAGCAGCACAAGAUUCAAUAAGGAAAACGACAGCAACAAAUGAAUACUUUACAGAUGGAUCAGUAGACCUCAGCAUUUCUGCGACGGCGGCAGGAGUCUACUCGACAUCACUAAAAGGGAGCUGGAGGCUCUCAGACAAUGCCUCCACUCUACAGACUGAGCUGAUAGCAAUCGCUAAAGAGCUAGAAGACUUGCAACACAAACUAGGAAACACAACUAUCCACACAGACUCGAAAGGAGCAAUACAAGCCAUCACAAAAGGCAAGGCAAAAGAAAAUAUCAAACUCCUGACAAGCAUAUGGGCAAUUGCCAACAUCCACCAAACCAGAAACAGACAGAUAACUCUCAACUGGAUUCCAAGUCACAUAGGAAUCCAAGGAAAUGAGGAAGCAGACUCCCUAGCAAAGAGCGGGUUACACAUCAACAACAUAGGUAUUAAAAAUAAGCCAUUCACUGACUCAACUUAA